AUGGUACCAGAUCUUCUCCAUGUAUUGGUCGCUGUCAUCAGAACCUAUGUCAAAAAUCAUUUCAAAUGGCUUGAGACAUGGCUGAAGAUUGAGGUAGAUGGAAACAGAGUUGGUAAGCGAGUGAAGGAGAGGUUGUUGGGAGUCAUGGCUCGGCUUGGUCCAAAGAUACCUGUAAUCAGUACCAAGCACAGUGCAUCGAAACCUUCAUCGCUCGUUGCCCGUUGGGAAGCAACAAGAGUCAAGUUCCAGGCGGCCAUUGAUAUCACCCUUCGUCGCAAUGAUAUGUUCAAUCUUGAAGAUCUGUUGGCUGGAGAGAAUGAGGAGCUGAAGAACAAGUACGAUGAGUACAAAGAGCGUGCCCUUGACACUUGGCGCAUGCUACACCAUUUCUUCUCAACAAUGAUUGAACCUGGAACAGCACCAGCAAUACGUAACGCGGCCACUACUCCCGCCGCCGCCACUCAUGCUGAUGCCACUCCUGCUGCUGCUACUACUCAGGUUGCCGCUGCUGCUACUCCCGCCGCCACCACCCAUGCUGCCACUCCUGUUGCCGCUACUCCUGCUGCCGCCACUCCUGUUGCUGCUACUCCCGCUGUCGCCGCCACUCCUGUUACUGCUACUCCUGUUGCUGCUACUCCUGCUGAUGCUACUCCCGCCGCCACUCCUGCUGUUGCUACUCAAUCACUACCUUUUUGA